AUGAUGGUGAAAAGGGAAAAAGCUGAAUUAAAGAGUGAUGACUUUGGAACUUUGAAAUGGAAUGAUGAUGUUAUAGAGAAUGAUGAAGAAUCUAACACCGAUGAAAAUGAAGAUAUGAAACUCGAUGAAUUGGUAUGCAAAGCGAAAAAGAAUUACAAAAAACUAGUGAAUGAUAAAAUGAAGUUUAAAAAGUUAAUUGAGUUUUCAACAACAAAAUUCAUAGAAAGCGAUGGGUUGAAAGAUAUGAAGAAAGUCUUUGAACAAGAAUUCAUUUAUAAAACUCAAAAUGAAGAUGAAACAAAUGCGAUGAAUGAAGAUGAUGCAAAAAGUGAUAGGAAUGAAGAUGAAGAAAAAAGUGAUGAGAAUUUAAAUAAACGUGAAAUAAAGAAUCAAACAAUCAUGAGACAGUUCAUAUUUGACAAAAAUAUCCCUUUCAUUGAAAGAUUUGAUAAAUUUGAGUCAAAUAUCAAAGAUGCAAUGAAAAAGGACAAAGAACUUCUGACAUUUGAAAAGGUUCACUUGUUCAUAAAAAAUCACUUUUACAUCAUCUGCAUAAACUUAGAGGAACCAGCGGUUGAUGUCAUUGACAAUAGGAAUUCAGUUGCAAAGUUUUCUAGAGCUUAUCGUGAUGCACCUAAUGAAUUGAAAAUACUUUUUAGUAGGUACUUGAUGAGGGUCAAUCAUAAAUCAACUUUAAUUUUGGAGAGUGUUGAACCAGAAAGGGUGAACAUGAAUUGA